CAGCCUUAUAUGCAGUAGCAGUAGUUCAAGGCUUUAAACCGGCGAGGCAGACAGACAAGCAGGGAGCUUUUUUGUUUUAAUUUAAUCAGAGGACAUUACCAAGGGGUGGGGGGUAAGGACGGACAUAGGAUCAGAUAAUCCAACACGGCUGUUUGUGUGUUUGCGAGUGCAAAAACCGGCCUUGCUGAAUAGCUAACAGUCACAAUGAGUGAUACGGCCAAAGGCAAGCAGGCUGCCUCUGCGAAAGACAAGGAUGGGGCAGAGAAAAGGGGUCGUGGAAGACCAAGAAAACAGCCGCAGGUAAAAAGUGUUGAGGAGCCCAGCGGGUCGCCUUCUCCGAAGAGGCCCAGGGGAAGACCGAAGGGUAGCAGAAACAAGACCACCUCCAAGAGCAAAAGUGCGCCAGCAUCUGCAGGUGCAAAACGCAGAGGAAGACCCAAGAAAGAAGCGGAGAAAGGGGAGGAGCAGGGAUCCCAGCGGUCUUCUGAAGAGGAGGAGGAGGAGGACGAGGAGGAAGAGCAGUAACUCGUUUGCAACCCGCACUACCUCAUAAUUCAACUUGCUGACUUCCUGUCAACCAGAGCUGGACUGAAACACCAACACCACCGCUACCAAUCCCUCUUCCCCCCCCCCCCCCAACCCGAACUCCUUUGUAUAUCCCGUCGUGUUUUUUCAUAGCCCCCUAUCACAAAGGGUGGCGCACACAGGUAAAAUCAUUCUGCUAUCUGCAACAGCACUGGAAAACAAACUAAUCUUUUUACAUACAUAUAUAUAAAAAUGUAUAUCCAGAAUAUCCAUGUUUAUAUAUAUGUAUAAAAAAAAACAAACUGACUACCGUUUUAACUUUCCGAAUGGGUUUUUGCAAAGAGUGGUCUUUUAUACUGGACAAAGGUGAAUUUGCCUACACUUAUUUUGUUUUUAAUUGUUUUGUGUGUGUGUGUGCGUGUGUGUGGUGAUAAUACAAGGUAAACCGAUCCAUCCCCUGCACCUACUUAGCAGGCUAGAGAGCUAGUUUGGAGGUAGACAAGCAUAUUGUAGUCAAUUCUGCCUCCUUCCACAGUGUAUCAUUUUGUAAGUCUCUGCAAUCGCCUAACUCUCCAACAAACCCCCCCCCCCCUUGACGUCAGUAUGAACGUUUUAUGUACAUGUCAAAAUUCAUUGCAAAAAGGUGUCUCAUUAGGCUGUUUCCACAAUGCAGAGCCUGGCAAUGUAAUAUAUUGUCAGAAGUGUUGUGUUUUUUUUGUUUGUUGCCCCCACCCCCACCCCCCCUUCUCUCCCACCUCCACCCCUCUCAGAGAGGUAGUGGGUUAGGCUUCAUGGAUGUGAUUGAAUUCUUCUGAUUUUUUUUUUUUUUUUUGUUUUGUUUUUUUUGUACAACUUAUUUUGAUACAACAAAUAAAGAACACUGACAUAAUCUGUGAGUUCGUUGGGCUUCGGCUUUCACCCCCUCCACUUCAGAAAGGGUGCUUCAAUCGAAUCCGGAAAUUUGAAUCCCGAAAAUCGAGUCCCUAGAGCAGGAGCCAGUGUGAACCACAGCCCCCUUGCAGGUCAUCUGCCAGAGGGGCCAGUCCCCUGCCAGCUUUCAUCCACUGCCAGUUUUUAAAGGCUUAUUUUAAUGGUUUUAAAUCAAGGACUCUAUGAACGGUUCCUCACAAGAUUCUGCCAGCUCUUGUGUGUGGCAUGGGUCUGCCAAGGUCUAGAUUCACAGGUCUCCCUGCUGUCUGUGCCGACCGGUCCUCCCAUUGUAACCUUCUGUUUCAGUUCAGCCUUGCCCUCUGCAGUUCUCUUCACAGCUGAGUUGGGCUCGAUGAUUAAUUUCCAAGUCUGAGCUACUGGUAGCUGACCAAGAACUUGCUAUGUUAAUGCAGCAUUGAGUCUUCUUGUGUAGCAGUAGUUUGUACAUUGUUGUGCUGCCCAUUUAGUUUUUCCUCCUGCUAACUACAGCCAUAAGCGUGUUCAAAUGUGGUUUUCCAGCUGGACAAACUACUUUUUGGUUUAAAGCAGGCAGAUGCAAAGGAUUUCAGUCAAGUUACAAAUUUAAAGAACUUUGAAGUCCUGUCUAUCCAAUACUACCCUGAUACACCUGCAAACUUAGUUACCACAUUGCGUUACCUGCUGCCAAUCUGAUAAGAGUUGGCUGUGGGGAAAAAGCUACGGACUGUGAUAGUCUUGUACCAUAAUUUUUGGGGAAAGUGGGAUUAUGUGCAAGCAAACUGGUUUGGCAUCAAAGUUCUCCAAAACCCAGCUGUGAAGAUGUCCUCGGUGAAAAAUAGGUGUCUUUUUGAAAAAGCGCUUGCUAAAAACACGACCGACAAGGUUUAGGCUGUUACGGGGGUGAAGGGGAUAACGUCUCAACUCCCGAGACUCUUGCUUUGGGUUUUCAAGUGCGGCAGCCUUUCUGACAACCAUGGGCUGGUGUUACCGUUACAGCGCCCUAGCUCCCUGUACCCCCAGAUUUGGGUUGCCACAGGGCAUCCUUUUCCAUUUUGGGAGCCAAAACGAGUGGCCUUCUCACAGGGCUGAGAAACCGUGCCGUUGUCCGUUUUCUGGAAUGCUUUUCCCACCAAAAAAAAAAAAAAGCUGCUGUCAUCCGUUUGUGAAAAAUGUAGUUGGCCUCCUCUGAUUCAUUUUGUCCAAGACUGCAACAGGCAUUCAGUGUGUUAAUGGUCUAAUAUGCUGCUCGAAUUUAACAUUUCCCCACUAGUGUCUAGUUUUCCUUGAUGUCAGGUACCUCUUUAUCACAGCCUAGUAAGAGGGUCUCUCCUCAAAAAAAAACGCUGCUACAACUGGUUUUGCUACCCAGCAUACUGCAAAAUGAGGUUCUGGUCUUCAGGACCAGGCCUGCAAUCUCCAUACCUCACUUUUGAUGACCGCUUGAUUUAUCUUCUUGUGUUCAACUAGCCCGAUGUAACUUGUGGAGAGCAUGAGAAAAAUGUCUGUAGUAGAGCCUACAUCUACGCACGGUUUUUUCAUUUUCAUUUUCAUUUUUUUAAAUUGUCAGUUUGUAUUUUUUGAAGCAGCUGUUUAGCUUCCAUAGUGUGUGCCUGUGCGUGUCCUUACAGCCCCCCCCCCCCCCCCAUGCAUAACUGCAGAUACCUAAUGAAGUAUAAAAAGAAGUAAAGACUGCACAAGCCAGGGAGAUCUCUUCAGCCUAUCGUCAGCUUUUGCAAGUUUGUUUACUGACUGGUAGAGUGCAGUUUUUUUUUUAAUACAAUAAAAUUGGGGUUGAAACUUUUAUAUGGUGCACUGAAAUGUAGUUUUUUAAUUAAUGAAAUGUAGUGACCUAUUGGUUAGUUGCCAUUGACAAAUGUUUGUAGUAACUAUAGGCAGUGGUACUGGCCUCUUGGCUGUGGAAGGCCCUGAUCCCAUGACUGACAUUGGCACUAGACCGCAUAGCUCCUUUCCCAUCAAACAUUGUUCGGUCUAUCUUAUGUCACUGUUGUGGUAGAACGAUGUACUUGAGAAUAUAUACCAUACCAGCUAAUUGAGGAGAAUGUAUCCAUAACGGGGUUUAAACCAGUGGCACCGCCUCCGAAAACUAAAAUGUGAGGAAGCGGUUGACGCGAUCACCUGUUGCAUAGAACCUGCUUUUUGUGUUCCAUCAGCAUUAUCCGUCUGUGGGCACGUAACUGUCCUCACAAGUCGACGUUUCCCAUUCGCUGAGCCCUCGCUCCCAUUCACUUUUUGCAUGAGUACUGAAACCACUUUAAAGGAUAUGUUAGGGAUUUUACUGUGCCAGCUGAUUGAUGCACACGAAACUAGCAAUAUCCAGGACAAUAGUCGAGCAAGAUGUUUUGGGGAUGGUAAACGACUUCAUAUCCGUUUUUUUAUUAUUCUGUCGGCGGAGAGGAGGUUUUCCAUUGUAUUUUCCGGAGCGGUUUUUAAACGCGCGCAUCCCGGUGCUUUUGCAUCUCCGGUCUGUAAAUGGUUACUUGUGAACCUCUCACCCCAAAGUUUGUUGUCAUGCACAAUUCAAAACUGUGGUAAAAUGUCCAUUUACGGUUGCCAAAUAAACAAUGGACAGACAUGUUCACUGAUUCUAGUAGGACACACUUUUCCCCCACCCCCAAAAUGAUAUGGAAUUUACUUUUAAAAUGAAUAAUACUCCCAAACCACCUUUUCAUUCGAAAAAAGGGCAAACGCUAGCCUCAGGUGUGGCGUGAUGUGCUAUUGCUUAAUGUUUUGACUUUUAAUACGUGUUUUUUUAUUUUUAUUUUUUAAAUAAAUGGUCGUGAAACGUAUUUCAGAUAACUAUGGGGCUUGGUAUUAUAGCCCUGAACUGUGUUCUCAGACCACUUCAGACUGUGCUGGCAAAAACGGUGGACAGAGUGGGAAUGUAUGUGCUGAAUUUUAACCAUAAUGAGAACCCAGAUUGAAGAGUUACUGGGUUUUGUCCGUGAAGCCGUAGGCUAUAACAAUAUAAUAUUCUUUUUACAAGAUAAUUUAGUACGUUGGUGUUGUGGUCUCUUUAAUUUGUUUUUUAUAGUCUACACCACCACCCCCCCCCCCUUCACUCAAGUAAAUGGAAUGCUUGUUGGCGUGAGUUUCUAUAGGCUAUUUGAGGUAAUUUCGUUUGUUUCCGUUUGUUUAUAUAAAUGUGUAUAUAUAAAUAAGGUAGGUGUGGUUCAGUCGAAGGGAAGAUCAGGACGAAAAGGUUGAAUGGAAUGAACUGACUUUGGUUCUGAAUACAAUACAUGCAAUUACUUCACUAUGUACCGGGUUUUUGUUAGAGUAAAUACAGAACGAGGGUGGGCUUUUUCGCCCUCUUUGUUUUGUAACUACCUCCUGGAUCAUUUUACAGCUGACGUAGCUUAUGCAUGCUACUGUAUCUGUCAAACGGUUCUGUUAAACAGUGAUUCAUGGUCAAUACACACUUGAAUCGAGUUCUGUUUCCUUUUCUACUUUUUUAUUUCAACAAAAGCUUUAUUUUGGGUAAUUUCUCCAGCCUUAUCCCUGGUAGGCACUGUUCAGCCAGGGGCUGGAACGGCAGAUAAGUGUUGGUUUGAACCCUCUUCCUAGCAGACUGCAAAAAGCAACGUUAAUAUAAAAUAUAUACUGUAUAUGUUAACGUCUGGCUCAGGAGAGGUGUGCCUAGCCCCACCGAACUGCGCACUGUUACCGGUGGUGGGGGUCUCUAACUGUCUUUCCAGUCCUCUGACUUUGGACGUAGGACCACUGUGAAGAUCUGUAGGCCUACCAAUCACCCUUCUUCCGGUUCCUACCCCGGAAUAAUAGCAUAUUAAUUUUAUUAGGCUAUCCUUGUUACAAGGAUGUAAAAUCACUUAUUAGAAAGGCUAAAUGCGUAGCCGCAUAAAUAACAUGCCUAUUUCUAUCAGAAGAGCUGCAACAGCGGGCUACAGGAGCAGUGGUCGACAGUGAUAUCCUACCAUGUGACCACGAUUCCACACUUAAAGAAGUUCAUAAUUUUUGCCUAAAGAGUUCGUCCAAUAGAGCAGACCGAAAACAUUUCCGUGUGUGCCACUGCACACAUGAAUUACGAAAAUGAAAAUACUACCUGCAGUGCAAAACGUUUGGACUCUUCAUUUACACGUAGCCUACAAUUAAUUUAAUCUCAAUUCACUCUGAUAAUCGGAGUUCGAAAGCCUGAAUGGGUUGCUGUACUGACAGUAGGCCUACUUAAUGGACAUCUAUUGAAUUUGGUAAGAAACGCUUUAACCAAAACGAUUACGCAAACGCAAAUCUGAACACGAAUAGGCCGCCUGCCUUUCUUCCUUUAGUCUUGUUCUGAGAGAGGUGAUGUUUCAAAGGCUGAACUGACUGGCCGCUUCGGCCCGGGGAGGUGGGAGCAAGUUGGUUGGGAAGGCUUGAGAGUUUCUAAAACUUAUGAUCAGACGUUGCAAAAGGUGUUAUGUUUCGUCUUUCUGUUCUUGAGUUCUCGUUUGCAUUACUUGAAUAAAUUGUUUUAUUGA